AACGGGACUGUCACGUGACUGGAGUGUUUGGUCUCUUGAUUCCAAGCUUUCUUUUACUGUCUAUGCUUGAUUCAGUGCAGUGAUGGAUCAGAUGGAGCUCUACUAACACUCUUCAGGCAGACUCAGGAACAAGACGUUUGUCUGCAGCCACAAAUAGUUGGACAAGGUGUUGCUGCCAGUGUUCCUCGUCCUUUAUCUCAUGUGCAUAAUAACAUUCACUAUCAGUUUCACACAAAAAAAUACCAGCAGACAGGGGACAGAUCAGUGACUGCAGAGUAGAGGUGUUAAUGUAGUCUCUGAAUCCAACAUCACUAAAUCCCAGAAGACAGUAAUUCAAAACUCUUUCAGUAAUGAAGACAGUCCUGCUGGAGAAGAUAUGGCCAUGUCCAUGCAGACAGCAGCUGACCCUACUCUCACACACACCGCUGGUCAGUUCUUCGUGAUGAUGACUCCUUCAGAUGUUCUGCAUUCUGCCUCUCAGCGGACUUUAGCUCCACGCACACAUAUCUACACUGUAGGUGAACACAAUGCACAAGAGCAUGAAGGUUUUAACUGGAAAAUGGACAUUCUGCGCACUCCUAGAGACGAGAGGAGAAGAGCACAACAUAAUGAAGUUGAAAGGCGACGGCGAGACAAAAUCAACAACUGGAUUGUGGCGCUCUCGAAAAUCAUCCCAGACUGCAGCAUAGACGGCACCAAGACUGGAGCGAGUAAAGGUGGGAUCCUGUCGAAGGCGUGUGAUUACAUUGGCGAGCUGAAGCAACUAAACCAGCAGCUGCAGGAGCGUUUGAGAGGAGUGGAGAGAGUGCAGAUGGACAAUGAGCUGCUCAGACUGCAUCUGGAGGAGCUCAAGAGCGAGAACGGCCUUCUGCGAGCGCAGCUGGAGCAUCACGGCAUUGACACGAUCGCAGACGCCUCGGCACACUGAGCCUCAGGCAUUCUGGGAAAGAGAUUCUGGUCAAUCCAGACGACAAAAGGCUCUCGGAGAAUAACACGGGACUGCAGUGAGCCGAAUGACAAACGCUGGCUUGUGCUCGAGAGUCUGUCUCAGAUGUCUGAUACAGUCCGGCCUGCUACCGAUGAGGUCAAAGGUCAAGACGUUUCCAUUAGCACCAACACCAGGUGUUUCCUAAAUAACUCUGAACUAAAGAGAAGAAUAUACUGUAGUUAUACUGUGUUUUUAGUUGUCUCCGCUCUAUAAAGCACCCCAGACAUUUUCCGUUUGCUUUUCCUAAUUUUCCAGCUUUGUUGCUUUCAAUUUUGUCUUCAUGCUUUACUUGGAGUAUUAGUUGUUUGUGCAAUGCCUCGUUUAAUUUAAAAUUCUCCUGGAGAAAAGCUGCCGCUCUGUGGUGUUUGGGAAGGUCGUUACGGGAUGAAUGAAGCCGUGAUGAAAUUUCAUUAGCGGUUCCAGUGAAAUUUAGUGUUAAAAUCAGAACAAAAGCACCUGCGGACGGCUCCCGCUGAAAGAAAGCUCUGAUGCAAGAAAAUGAGCUCCGUCUGGGAUUAUUAGCUUCUUAUCUCGGAUCGUCUUCAGAAGACAGCUCGGAAAGCAUCGCCUAAUCUAAGAAGCAAAUGAGAAAAAAUAUUCACAAAGCCUUGUAGCUAAAUGCUGGACGUGUUUGUUAAUGUGUGCUAGACGAUUAUUCUGUUCCCUUCAUCUGAUCAGCAGGUCUGACUCCUGGAAAUGUAAUGGCCUUUCUGGGUUGCUAAGUAAGCCUAUUUGCAAUCCUCGAAAGUUAGGGUUUUGUUCUUAGUUUACUUGGUAAGUGCCUGAACAUUUUGUGCCAUAUUUAUAUGAAUAGCAUUAAUGGAAUAGUUUUGUUCCAGGCUGUUAUUUUUCUACAUAAUUAAAUCAUUAUUCAAUGAUUAACCAUUGCUCUUACAAUACAGCAGCAAGAGACAUGAAAACAAAUUAAAUGUUCUUUUUCCAUUUUGA